UUUGGCGUUUGUAGGAGGCCAGUGCCGGACACACGCCCAAUCCGACCUAGAUUCCCGCCUGCUUCCUUGACCAAUUUACUCAUUAAUACCCGGAAUCUUACCCAAAACCGCUAAAUAUCGUCGGUGGCCAAUGAAAUCCUAGCCUUUAAUUAUCUCUCCAUCGUCUUCCUUAGCUUUUUCUGGUGGGAUCCACGGGCAUACAUAUAAUCAGACAUGCAUGUCUUUCCGGCCUGUGGUGCGCACACGCCAUAGAAGCGACAGAACCUCCAGAACCCAAUACGAAUUUGGUUUUUUCCUCUUAAUUAUGUCAAUGGACCCCUCGAAACAAACCAAAGGCAUAUACAUCACUUUUCGCUUUAGUCUUUAUCUGGAAUCUGUAGAAAAAUCACACCAUCUUUUCUCUCUAAUCUGAAUCUGAAACGACUUUGAUAUUACAUCUUUGCCCACCUCCUCCGUCCUAUAUAAACCCUACCGUUUUCCGACUAAGCUCAUCAUCUCGGAUUUCUUAGAGACCAGAGAAAUCACUAUCAUUCAGAGCAUAGUUGAGAGAGUGACUUAGUAUAUUAGUAUGGGGAGUGAUCGUGAAAAUGGUUAUGGUGACUUGGAGAAGCAGAUGCUGGUUCUUCACGAACACGAAGAGAAGCACUUCAUGUCCAGUGAGAUUGUCCGUGACGUCAUUCUCGGCGUCUCCGACGGUCUCACUGUCCCUUUUGCCCUUGCCGCGGGGUUGUCCGGCGCUGACGUCAGCUCCUCCAUCAUCCUCAUUGCCGGCAUUGCUGAGGUUGCGGCCGGUGCCAUCUCCAUGGGACUUGGCGGGUAUCUUGCGGCGAAGAGCGAAGAAGAUCAUUACAAGAAAGAACUAAAGAGGGAGCAAGAUGAAAUCAUCGCCGUCCCUGAUAUAGAGGCUGCUGAGGUUGCAGAAAUAUUAUCACAAUAUGGGGUUGAAGCACAUGAAUAUGGGCCUGUGGUGAAUGCUCUAAGAAGGAACCCUCAAGCCUGGCUCGAUUUCAUGAUGAAAUUUGAACUAGGACUCGACAAGCCAGACCCAAUGAGAGCACUGCAGAGUGCAAUGACAAUAGCCUUUUCAUACGUCUGUGGUGGACUGGUGCCUCUCCUUCCCUACAUGCUCAUUCCAGUUGCCACCAAGGCGGUGCUUGCAUCUGUGGUGGUCACCAUAGUGGCAUUGCUGAUCUUCGGCUUUGCAAAGGGUCACUUCACCGGAACUCAACCUUUCAAGAGCGCUUUCCAAACCGCCUUGAUUGGAGCCAUCGCGUCCGCGGCUGCUUAUUCCAUUGCUAAACUCUUCCAAUCCUACCACUAAUCAAUGACCCGUUUAACUAUGUGUGUGCUUGUGUGGCUCCUAAUUAAUUAAUUUGGUUUGUGGCAUUUCCAAUCAGACCAUAAUUAAGUAGCUAGCUAGUUGGUUUUUACUAGUACUGGUUGCAUCCUUUGCUCGUUUGCUUCUACAUCUUGGCUUUGGACAAUAUUGAUCAUCUGCAAUUGGGUAUUAGUUCCGUUAUGUGUUCUUGUUAUAAUGAAUAUUGGGGGUUCCUCCACCAGCUAGUAUGUUUUCUACAUUUGCGAGCAGAUUUAAUUUUUAUUAGAGGGAAUUUCUAUCAAAAGACAUGCAAUUUGGGAUUUUGUUUUGAUCUAGUUUGAUCACAAGGUUAGUUAGAA